GAGCGCGCUCCGUGUGACAUCUCAGAGCAGUCCACGUCAACAGAGUGAGCGCAGCGGCAGCAGAGAUGGAUUCCACGUACCUGGAACCUUCCCUCUAUACAGUAAAAGCUGUUUUUAUUCUUGAUAACGAUGGCAACAGACGUCUGUCUAAGUACUAUGACCCUGAGCUUUACCCGACAAUGAAGGAGCAGAAGAACUUUGAGAGCAACAUAUUCAGCAAAACACACAAAGCAGACAAUGAGAUAGCUUUCCUAGAGGGGAUGACUAUCGUGUACAAGAACAGCAUAGAUCUUUUUUUCUACGUGGUGGGAAGUGCUCAGGAAAAUGAGUUGAUGCUGAUGUCCGUUCUGAACUGUCUGUUUGACUCCCUCAAUCACGUCCUGAGAAAGAAUGUGGAGCGGAGGUGUUUAUUGGACAACAUGGAAGGAGUUUUCCUUGUAGUGGAUGAAAUCAUUGAUGGGGGUGUUAUUUUGGAGAGUGACCCCCAACAGGUCUUACAAAAGGUCAAUUACAGGGCUGAUGACAACCCAUUAACUGAACAAAGUGUGGCCCAGCACCUAACGGAGAAGCUGGCACUGACCACCAAUAUUCUGCAGUCGGCUAAAGAGCAGAUAAAAUGGUCCAUACUUAAAUGACCUGAGAAGAAGCAAAAGAAAAGAAAAAAAUGGAUGAUUUGUCAAACGAUCUCUAGUAAAUAUUUUCUGUCUCUAAGCUAUUUUUCUAGAUCCAUGUGGGCAGGUCAUCAGCAGACUGUCAGCCUAAUCUAACUAAUAAGUAGCCAGUAAAUAUUUUUUCCUGGUCUGUCUGUGUGACGGUAUUUUGUUUCAUUUUGUGUGACGUGUAUUUAAGAUUGAUUUUGUUUUGUCGUGUUUUUCUUUACGAAUGAUGAUAGUAGUGUAGACAUGAAAAUGAAAAAAAAUGUAGCAAGCUAAAUGGCGCUGCUGGUUAUUAAAGGGAUAACCAGGAAAUUAACAAGUCAGCAUAGGGGUUGCAAAUGGAAAACAGAAAAAGAGAAACUGAUAUAUUCCGUUUAUUUUAUUUACCCACUGUCACACAAGCAUGUCCACUGCUAAUUAUUUUACAGAAUAAGAAACACAAUAAUAGCACAAAUAUUCAGAAUUACCAUUAAACGUUUGUUUAAAAAAAUUUGAAACUGAAACUUAACUUUCCUAAAGGAAGUUUGGAAAGUAAUACAAUUAUGCUUUAACAUUGCUCCAAUAGCCUUCUUAAACAGCAGUGAGUUUGUAUUUUUUUUAAAAACUGAGAAUUUGUGAAGAAAUCUUUAUUAUGAAACCUAAUGACACUAACCAAGUUUGCUGACAGGCUGUUUAGGAGACAACAGUUUGCAGCACAGAUGCACUGAACAAAACAUGCAAAACUAAAAUUUCUCUUUUUUUUGAUAAGAGUAUAAAUUGAUUUUUGAUGUCAAGAAGGUAAACCUGGAAAUGUAUGCCAAGUGUUACAGAGAAUGUGUUACUUUUACAGUGAGAACUUGAGAUGUUCAUAUAUAAUAAAUAUUUUCAUAGCUGAAAGUGUAAAAAUGGCAAAGACUUUUUCGGGAGGGGGAUGUUACUGAAACAAGCUAAUUUGAUCUGCUGUUGGUGACAAUAAUAAAUAAAAAAUCUUAUACUGGU